AUGUCGGUGGCCGAGAGCGAGGCCUACUUCUCCGCCACCGAGGACUUCGAGCCGAUCAGCAGCGCCGACGAGGGGCCCGGCACGUACCCGGGUCGCAAGAAGAAGAGGCGGCAGCAGAUGCAGCAGCCGCAGCAGCCGCCGUACCACAUGGAGAGCUACAGAGCCAGGCCCGGCAGCGCUGGGGGGGUUCUGGGGGACAUUGCCCGUCCACAGAGUCAGCUGUGCCCCCCUGGACUGGAAGCUCCGCAGCUCAAUCUACCACAGCGUGGAGGGGCCUCUGACCUACGUCCUGAACGGGGAGCUGAUCACGGACCCCGCCCCCCGCCGCCGCCCCAGCCGCUGGCCGCCCACCCGUCCCAGGCCUCCUUCGUGUCGGCGCUGGCCAUGGAGGAGGAGAGUUCUGUGGAGGCGGAGAAGACGGCCGAGCCCGGCCCGGUGACCCGGCAGCCUCACGUCAUGGCCUGCUACCAGAACUACCUGGCCCACUACCAGGUGUCCAACUGGUCCGUCAAAGCAGCCGACCAACAAGAGAACCUCCAAGUCGUCUCUGCACCGGCCACUGGACCUGGACACGCCCACCAGCGAGGAAAGCUCCGCCUCCUUGACCAGCUGGCUGUGCCCGGCUUCAAGGUGAUCAAGCCGGGCCUGUCGGCCACCUCCCUGCUGGACCGCGGGCUCCAGCUGAUGGGCGACAACACCAGCACGCCGUACACGCCGCUGGAUAAAAGAGCCAUGGAGAACACGGACGAGGACACGACGACGGACGACUGGUCGCUGGAGCAGCCGCUGGCUCAGACCAGAACCACGGCCAUCGUGGAGGUGAAAGGCGCCGUCAACGUGGUUCUGACGCCGCUGGUGGCCGAGUCCCUGGACAGAUACAUCGAGUCCAUGGUCCACUUCGAAAGCGUCCGGCACCCGGCGGCCAUCUUGGACGACCUGCACGGUAAAGUGCUGACCGAGGCGUAUCAGAUCAGCAAGUCCACGGUGGCCGAGUCGAGUCAGACGGCCAAGCCGGAGCAAAAGCUGUCCAAGCCGGACGCCGCCACCCUGACCUCCAGCGGACAGACGGAGCUGUCCGUCAAACCCGACAACGUCAAGAUAAAGGGGCUCCAGGCCAACGUCUCCAUCCCAAAGGUGAACCUUUGCCUCCUGCAGGCCUCCGUAGAGGAAGGCUCCCCGUCCGCUAAAUGCGUCCCACACGUGUCUCUGGUGGCGCUGUGCUUCGACCGGAUCGCCACCCAGUUCAGGAUGAACCGGGGGAUCGUUGAGGAGACACCGAACGCCACCGAACAUGGCCGACCAUCCGUCAUGUUGGAGAAGUACGCGUCGGCCACCAAGAUGCAGCCGCAGUCGUCCGGGUCGCUGCGCUCCAACGCCGGCAUCGAGAAGGGCAAAGAGAUCGCUGCCAGGCUGAACGUCCACCGGAUCCACAGCCAGCUGCGCGGACUGGACUCCACAGACGUGGGGACGUUCGCCAUCACCGCCAUCCCGUUCGAGAAGUCCAAGGUUCUGUUCGGCCUGGAGGACCUGGACGAGUUCUCCCUGGUGGACGAGACGGACGGCCAGGCGGCGCCGAGCGACCCGACUCGCACCGCUGCCUCGCUGGAGAAAUGGGGCUGGAUCAUGUUCGAAUGCGGCAUCGAGAACCUCACUAUCAAAGGCGGCCGUCAGUCCGGCGCCGUUCUCUACAACGCCUUCGGCGUCAUGGGACACUCGGACGGCGGCGGGAAGACCGGGACCGGCAAGUCCAACGGCUCCACAGGAUCCCAGACCGGGAGCGGCUACAGCACCGACGUUUCCGACGACAACCUGCCCAACGACGUCAUCAGCCCCAACUCUGACGCCAACGACAACUCGGACUCGGACGAGCAGGAUGAAGGCGUGGAGUCUGACGACCUGAAGAAAGAUCUCCCCUGAUGCCGCCGCCGCCGACUCCAG